UUAAAGCUUAUUUUUACAGUUUGGUUGGUGGUGGUGGUGGUGGUGGGGGGACGGACGAUGGCGACGGUGACGCCGGGGGUGCUGCUGAAGCUGCUGCAGUCGAUGGACACGGAGGCGCGGGUGGCGGGCGAGCACCGGUCGGCGGUGCUGCAGGUGACGGGCAUCGUGCCGGCGCUGUCGGCGUCGACGGCCGACGACCUCUGGCCGGCGCACGGCUUCUACCUGCAGCUGUCGGACUCGCUCCACUCCACCUACGUCGCGCUCUCCGACCGCGACGCCGACGCCGUCCUCUCCGCCCGCCCCCAGCUCGGCCAGCUCGUCCACGUCGACCGCCUCCGCUUCGACCGCCCCCCCGUCCCCCGCGCCCUCGGCCUCCGCCCCGUCCCCGCCUCCCGCCCCCUCCCCUUCGCCGGCUCCCCCGAGCCCCUCGUCGCCCGCUCCGCCCCCUCCCACCGCGGCUUCGUCAUCCAGCCCGCCUCCCCCGCCCACGCCGGCCCCCCCCUCCUCCCCUCCUCCUCCUCCUCCCGCAAAUCCCCCAAUUUCCCCCUCGAACCCGACAACUCGAUCUCCGACAAGGAAAAUGCGGCGGCGGCAGCCCCCAACGGGAAGCGGCGCUUCUCGUCGCCGGCGGGGGCGAAAUUGGCGGCGAGGAAGAGCAACGGCGAGAGCUCGCGGCCGUCGUCGCCGUCGGUGGGGUCGCGGCCCUCCUCGCCGGCCCCGUCCAAGUGCGUGGUGCCGAGCCUGGUCGCGGCGAAGGAGGAGAACCGGAGGGCCGCGAGGGAGCCCGCGAUCGUGGUCCCGUCGAGGUACCGGAACCCGUCCCCCGCAGGGCGGAAGUCGGCGAGCUCGCCGAUGGGGAGGCGGGGGUCGAUGUCGCCCGCGAGGAGGCUGUCGGGCGGGCUGAAGAUGUCGCCGGCCACGGGGGAGAAGAAGAAGGGUGGGGUGGUGGUCGCGGGGAUCUCGAAGGUGUCGGACGCGCUCCUGGGGUCGGUGAAGUCGAUGCGGAAGAGCUGGGACGAUUCGUCGGUCUCUUCGGAGCUCAAGGACAAGGGAGGGUCCAAGAGUAAAGUGGAUAAAGAAGCCAUUUUGAGGACCCAGGUUGCAAUGUCACGGCGACUGAGCGACGCUAGUUGGGAACAAUCAAAUAAUGAGGAAGCAUCCACUAAUGAGAAGCCUAAACCAAGUAAGAAGGUCGAACCGGAGGUUUCUAAAUAUGAGAAAACAAAAUCGAGUAAAAAGAUGGAAUCCACCUCUUCAGAGAAGCAGAACUUGGCAUCUGCAAAUGUUACAGUUCAGGAGCGAAAGUGGACAGAUGGCAGCAUCCCACUGGACGGUGUGUCUAGUAACCUCGCGAAGCUCGGAAAGGAUGCUUUCCUGAGGAGAGACAUUGCAUCAGUAGCUGCAGCGGAAGCGUUGGAAGAGGCAUUGGUCACCGAAUCUGUGAUCAGGAAUUUAAGCAUGUUUUCCAAUCUUUGUUCAACAUCGAAAGCUAACAAUCCGCUCCCGACAAUCGAUCGCUUUCUCUCCAUCUAUGAAGAUAUUGUGAAGUUGAACUCAACUUCUGAGUCUCUUAACAAUGGACCGAAUGAUACAACAUCUCUAGAGAGUACUAAAUCAGCCACUCUUUGGGUCGAGGCAGCGUUAGUUACAGAUCUUGAAGCGCUCCGCCUAUUAAAUGAUGUUACUGAAUGCAUCCACAAGCAAAAGGAUAUAGAAAAGCCAAAAGCUGUCUCCGUAGAUCCUCCGAGAACAAGCCUUUCGAAGAGGCAACCAAGUUCAAUAGCCAACAAGUGGAGAAGAGGACAAGGAAUGAGCGAAACACUCGAGCUCGCAAAGGCUCUUCGGCAUGAGAUGCAGAACUGGUUCUUGAAGUUCGUUGAAGAAGCGCUUGACGUGGGCUUCCGCUUGUUCGGAGAUGGCUCGAGUAACGGAAAGGAUAACAAUGGUAGAGUGGCAGCAGUGCUUUCACAGCUGAAGAGGAUCAAUGAAUGGUUGGAUGGGGUGGGGAGAGUGCAAGGAGAAGAUAGGGUGAAGGAAAGAGUCGAGCAGUUGAAGCGCAAGAUCUACGGUUUUGUUAUAAGCCAUGUGGGGUCUGCUUUUGAUAGCUCAGUUUCGCUCUCGAAGUGUUGACAGCAACCGCUAUUGCUCGCAGCACAAUACUCCGUGCUUUUUAUGCUCCGCAGUUUGAAAUCGUGAUUAAGAGUAUGAAACUCAUUUUGAUUUGUAUUUAUGGUUAAUUCGUUUCUUGCCAAUGGAUGAUGCUUCCGAGCUUCAUGAAUAAGAGGAAGUCCUUUUUGUACUUGGUGAAGUAGCUUAUCAAAAGCUUGACUUAAUGGAGUGAAAUGCAUCUUAGUAUUG